CACACGUAUCAAUCUCCAUAGCGAAGUCAACAUCACACGUGUCACUGAACCUACCCCUUCCCUACACCUCCCCUCUAUUUAUCAUUCGCAUCGACUCUUCUUCUUCUUCUGCCUCAUCCGUUGAAACAGAGCAAUUCUCUGAUCCCUUUUGUCUCUGUCUGAUCCAUUCGUCGUUCGUUGCUUUUAAGGUUAGCAGUUAGUUAGAAAUUAAGACCGGAAAAUGGCGGAAUUGCUGGGCAAGGCCAAGAACUUCGUGGCCGAGAAGGUGGCCAACAUACCGAAGCCGGAGCCGACCGUCAACGACGUCGAUCUGAAGAACGUCAGCCGCGAGUGCAUAGAGUACAACGCUAACGUCUCCAUCAAGAACCCCUAUGGCCACUCCAUCCCCAUCUGCGAGAUCGACUACUCCUUCAAGAGCGCCGGCAGGGAGAUAGCUUCGGGGAAGAUUCCAGACCCGGGGUCGCUGAAGGCGAGCGACACGACAAUAAUGGACGUGCUGAUGAAGGUGCCCCACAACAUACUGGUGAGCCUGGUAAAGGACAUUGGGGCCGACUGGGACAUUGACUAUCAGCUCGAUUUGGGCUUCAUCAUCGACCUCCCUGUCGUAGGGAACAUCACCAUUCCCAUCUCCAGCAAGGGCGAGAUCAAGCUCCCGACACUCUCCGACAUCUUCUGAUAAUAUUUUGUGUAGUUCUUGCUGGCAUGGGGGAGGCCGGGCGUAGUAGUAUAAUAAGGCUUGUAUCAUCAUCAAGCUUGUAAUUCAAGCACUGAGACUGCCUCUUUUUUUUUUUUUUUUUUGUGUGUGGCUGUUGUAGCUCAUGUUACUUAAGAUUAUGAUUGAGAUCUCUUUCGCUGA